UCCUUAACUUCUUGGCGCGCUGUUGAAAUUUGCUCCUAAUAAUUUAGUGUCUCAUUUGAAUCCCUCUCACUCAGCUCCUUCCUCAACUCCUUGGCGCGCUCUUGAAAUUUGCCAUGAGUAUCGACGUGUUUGCGAGUAAGACGAGGGAAGCUUUGCAGAAGCCCUUAUGUGAAAGAUGUGAGGAGAUUGAAAAGUUAAUCGAGUCCUCUUCUGCGCAGAAUCUUCAUGGAUUCUUUCCACAACUACUCAGUAGUAUUUUUGGAUAUGCAGGCUCAGCUGAUUGGGGUCUUAAAACUCUUUCACGUGACAAGAAAGACUUUGCUACAGUACAACAAUUUUUAUCACCUGCUGGUCCAGUUUUUAAAUUGAUUGACAUGUUGCAGGCAGAUGACCUGAAACGUUAUGAAUUCUUUAUUAACUGCCUUCCAAUUUCAACACAGAAAUCACUGUCAGAAGGUAUGAUUCCUGUUUUGUACCGAGACAAAGUACCAGUCAGAACUCCUGGUGAAACUAUGAACACUGUAUUGCUUAAUACCUUUGAAUACUACAUGUUUCAUUUUGCUUACUACAUUCUGCAUCAGAAAGUCAAUACAGAGUCUAGCGUCAUGGCAACCCAGGACUUUCUGUACUUGGUAGUGUUGGAUGACUAUCUUAACUUUUUUUUGCCAUCUGAUGGAGCUGCCAUCUCACACAGUACUGUCAAGGCCAGGUCACCUACUAGUUCAGUGAGGAAAUCUGCAAAUUGGCAUGAACCAAGUUUGUACACAAGGACCCAGUAUUUUCCAAACCAGUUCCCAGGCAUGAUUAAACCUUCCUCUGGCAGAGUUAGUCCACCCAGUGCUCACCAUGGAAUGUUUGAUCGCAGCUCACAGGAGAUAUGGAGAUCUGAAACAUUUAUACAGAUACUCAUAGAAUUCUGGUUGAAUCAGAACACAGUGGAUUCUGUUUCAAGAAAUGUUCUCUCCCAUGGUCAGGAGUAUUUUAUGCCUACAUUAGACCAUGUGCGAGUGGUGAGGAUUCUAGUGAAGCAUGUUCAUACAUUUGUGUAUGCCAAGGUGUCUGAUGUUGCUCAGCUCUCUGUAUUACACCCCUCAGAUGAACUGAGAAGGGUCAUCGUUGUUCAAUUUCUUCAAAAGAAGCUUUAUUUUUUUCUAUGUCACUGCUUUUCUCACUGGCCUCUGGAUCCCUCCUUUAGAUAUGUGUUGGAAACAUGGCUGAGUUACAUUCAGCCUUGGAGGUAUUCAAAGUCCCAGCCUGGCUCAGUAGCAUCUGGAGAUGAUGAGUCCAAAAUGACUGCCAGCCCUGAAUGGAAAUCUUUUGUUUUUGAAAACCUCCUGUUUUACUCUGCCUUGUUGUUUGAGUUUGUGUCUCGUGCUUGCCGUUUCAAUCUGACAUCAUCUAAGGAUGCUUAUCUGCUUUUUAGGGUCAUUAAGGUAUUUGCCCAACCUCAUUUGGUGGAUAUGAUUGAAGAAGGAGAGAAGGCAUUUUUAAAUCCAUCUGGGAAUCGCCAUACUUCAUCCCAAGUUAAUUUAACUGCAUUAAGCUCAGCCAUUAAGGCUCACAUUGUUGAGCUGGAAGGAUCUCCAAAUUCAUUUAGAACAGUGUUCCAUUUUCCAGGAGCAACAAAGAUGGGUGAACUUUACACAAGAGUGUUAGCUGCCCUUGAUGAAGCAAAGGCUAUGAAUCAGACUGCUCAGGAAUCUGAGGGCAACACAGGAGGAUUUACAGGUUUCUUAAGAAAUUUUCUCAAGCAUGGUGCUUCACAAGGCGAUGAGUUUGAAAGAAAAGCUGACAGUACGAAACUUUUGUCAUAUUUGGAACAGACCAGCAAUUUAAUGCAACAAAUUGUCAAGAAUACAGAAACCAUAGAUGGUGGCAUAUUAAAUAGUUCAAUACAAUGGGAAAUCCCUUCAUCAGUAAAAAGAAGCAGACACACAUCUGCUCCUGGCUCUCAGUCUUCCCUCCCAGAUCAUAUUGAGACAGAAAGAGGUCCUGUAUUAACGCCUUUGGGAAGAUAUCAAAUGAUGAAUGGUCUUCGCAAGUUUCAAGUGAGAUACAGUGGUGAUCCAGAGCUUACCCCAAUUUGCAGCUUUGAAAAUCCUGCAUUGGUUCGUCUUAUGUACAGGCUCUCCACACAUCUAAAUAAAAAGUUUGGCAAAUCCUUGGACAAGUUGUACAUAGAUUCAAGACUUUUCAGACAAGCUGCUUGCUUUUUCUCACCAGCUGUAAAAUCUCUGUCCUCCUCUACUCCUUCAAGACAAUCAUCAACCUCCCCAUCUCAGUUCCUGCAGGAACCUGUACAGUUGCAGAUUAGCCUCAGAGUUUUUGCUUCAUACCACACUUUAUUAUACCUGUUUGUACUGUGGCUUUUUUUUCGCUUCACAUCCAUGAAUGUUUUUGUAGUCAUUUUGUUAUGGAUUUUGGUUUUGGUAGCAAUAGUGUUGAACCAUUUAACACCUUGUCACAAGAAAAGCUUGGCGUAUGGUAGAUAACAAAGACACAUUGUUAGCAUAAGCACACUAUAAAGCAUGAAAAUGCACGUAGCUGUUGCUGGAUUAUUGUUAUUUUUCUUGAUCUAAGAAAUAACCAUGAGUCAGAUUAACAUAUAAGGGCCUGAGGUAUUUUUCUAAAGUGCUACAGAAAUUAUCAAGAGAAUUUUAAAUCUCAUAAUUUUUAAAUGGUUAAAUGGUGAAAGAGGAGCAACAAGGCUCAUGGCAACUCCAUCUGUUUUGUUUUCCCUUCAUCAAUAUUGCUUUUUCUCUCUAGAAUUGUUAGUAAUUCUGAAUAUUCUUUAAACUAUCCAGGACUAAAAAUAAAGUGUAUGCUAUAAGACAA